AUGGAAUCAUGCAAGGUAGAGGCAUCUCUGGUUGCCUUGACCGACGCAGCCUUUGACAAGGAUGAAGGCGUCCGCUGGCAAAUUAAGCUGUCCCUCCAUGACCUGGGCUGCCACAACCCUGAGCUGGUGCUGAGGACCUGCCUGGAGUUCCUGGUCAAACACAAGCAGUUGGUGCAAGGCCACAGGAUGGCCAUAAUCAGCAGCAUGGAAGCCAUCGUGAGGGACACCGUCAAGCAACUCAGCCAGACUCUGGGCAAGAACAUCAUCUCCAUGGCUUCGGACGAGAUGACCAAGUCCAGCGAGGGAGCGGAGGUCGACAAGCUCAAGGAGGAGGCCAGCAACCUGCUCGUGGCUGUGGGCUGCAGGUUCAGCGACGAGGUGCUGGCGGAGAUACAGCAGAAGCUUCAGCCUGGACACCUCCCCCAGUUCCACGAGGUUCAGACUCUCGGGAAGCUCUCGGUGGCCAACGUUUACGGAGUGGUCCCUCACCUGCCUGGCAUCCUGCAGACUAUGACGCCGAUGCUCAGCAUGGCGAGGCAGGACCACAUGAAGAUGGCGUUCACCUCAGUCCUGGGCCUCUUUGCCCAGAGCAUCCUCGAGUAUCUGGAGCACUCAGACAGGGCUCCUAACCCCGUUCUGAAGAAGUCCUUGUUCUCCCAGGAGAUGUACGCUUGUUACAAAAUCCUCUUCUCCGGCUGGCUCAGGAACAAAGAUAACAAGCUGAGAUCCGCCAUCGUAGUGUCUCUGAGCUACAUGGUCCAUCUGAUACCUGAUGAGAAACUCGAGGACGAGUUGCCCAAACUUAUCUCGGGGAUCCUAACCCUGUACAAGAAGAGAUGUGAGCCUUUCUAUGUCACGCGGUGCAUCUGGCACAUCCUGGACACUGGGGUUCAUAUGACCAGCCAAGUGUUGGAUUCACAGAUAGACAAUCUUCUCCCACCGCUCCACCACCAGAUCUGCUCCUCGUUGGACCCCAAUAACGAGCUGACGUUGAAGAACCACAGCGAGAUCCUCCAGUGCUUCACCAUUCUGGCCCAGGUGUCAAUUGACAGCCUGGUCAAGUUCCUGCUGCAGAAACUGUCCAACAAUAACGAGCGAGUGCGAAUUGGGACCCUGGUGUCCCUCAAUCACAUUGUGGGCUCCGGCUUCAAGCAUCUGGAAAGCAAGAAGCCUCUUAUCGUGGCCGCCAUGAAGCUGGCCCUGCUAGACAACGACAACAAGGUCAAGAAGUUAAUCGCUCAAGUCAUCAACACGAUGGGAGCCCAGGGCUACUUAGAGCUGGAGGGUGGCUUGGCCUUGGUGGAGUUUCUCGUCAACCAGUGCUCCCUGUACAAAAACCGAUGGCUGGCGAAAUCUCAUCACACGGAACCCAAUGAGGUGAUGGACGAGGACCUGAGCAGGAUUUGCGAGGACAUCUUGAUCUCCCUCACCACCCUGACCAAGAUGGAAGACGUCCUCUGGCCUUUCCUGCUGGAGUUCAUCACUCCCUUGCAGUACACCAAUGCCUUGGCCGUGGUCUGCACCAGCCUGGAGCAGGUGGGAGCCAGAAAGUUGGAGCUGGGACCGGAGAGGAUGAUGUUGAACUACAAUGAAAGGUUGGGGCUCCCCAAGCCUCACACUCUGCUGGCCCGACUCCUGGCCAUAGCCUCAUCUCCAUUCCAGGGGAAAGACAGAGGCAUUCCUGCCCUCAAGCUCCUGAGGAUCAUGAGCUACAACAUCCAUCCGUUGAUCGUGAAGCUGUGGAAUGAUGAGCUGCCGGGAUUGAUCCAGUACCUGAUGGACAACACAGAGGAAUCGUUGCCCCAAAAGUUGUGGGAGGACAAGCUGUUCCUCUUCCUGUCCCGGACGCUGGAGUGCAUCACAGACGAGAAGUGGACUUGGCAGCUGAGCGAGGAGACUAUCAAACACUUGUGCAACUAUUACAGUUACCCCAAGGAGAAGGCCUUUCUCUACAAGUGUGUGGGCAUUGUCCUGGGCCAAACCCAAAACAAGGAGGUCAUCAACAACGAGCUGCAAGAGAUGCUGCUGAGCGUCCAACAUAACGAAUCCUUGGAGAGAGAAGGUCUGGCCACGGGCAUCGGUUUCUGUGCUAUGACCCACCUGGAUGACACCCUGGUCAAGCUGGAUGACUUUGUAAGGAUGGACAUUGUGAAGAAGACAGCCAGUUUCUUCAACAUCCUGAAGGAAAAGUUGGACGGGGACAUGGAGAGGGUGAAGAGCACCCUGAUCCUGUGCUAUGGUUACGUAGCCCUUUACGCGCCUGAGAGCGUGAUCCUGAGCAGGAUAGAGGGAGACAUCUUGGAGCACAUCCUCAACCUGUCCAACACCAAGGUGCUAGGUAUCAAGAUCGAGAGCAAGGACCUCAUGAUCAAGCUGACGUUGAUCAAGGCUGUCACUCUGGUCGCGAAGGCCAUCUACGCAAACAAGGGGAAGAGCGACUUCACGUUCAACAAGAAGGACGAGCUGUUGUCCUACAUGCAGGACUUCAUCGUAUCCGAGCCCAAGGGUUACCUGAAGAGCCGUGUGCGUCAGUCGUCCAUCAACGCCUGCAUGCACCUGGUCAAGCUCGAGCCUCUGCUCGACGAGGCCGGAGCCUCCGAGCUGAUCAAGACCUGCCUCGAAAGUGUGUUCAGCUUCCUGCCGGUGGACAGCGAGAAGAGGAAGGAGAGCAAGAAGCUGAAGGAGCGAGAGGCCCUCUACAACGAGACCACGGGAGCGUUGCAGGACUUGCUGAAGGAGCUCCUCCUACAGAACCUCUCCUCCGACGGCCUCGAGUUCAUCUUCAAGGCGCUGGAGGAGUGGGUCACGUCCAACAAGGACCACGAGAGGGAACGGGCGAUGGAGACGGUCCACAAGCUCCUGAUCUUCUACAGGGAGAAGUUCAAGAUUACCCGCGUGACGGUCUUCCACAACCUGGGCAGUCUGAUCGGGCGGCUGGUCCCCCGCUGCGCUGACCCUCUGCUCAACGUCCGCCAGUUAACCAUGGACAGCCUCCAGACCCUGUUGUACAUCCAGCUGCGUUACGAGGGCUGCAUCCUCAACCAACGCGAUGACCUGGUGGAGCACCUCAAAGGCAUAAGGAGCCAACUGGAAAACCCCGACAGUCAAAUCCUCUUCCAGAUCUGCUACGACAUCGCCAAGGUGGUCUCCACCAAACUGCCCCAAGACCAGCUCAGCCCUCUGCUGUUUACGCUGUUCGAAGGCCUCUCCGACUAUCACUCCACCUGCUCCAGUGCAGCCUCCGUGGUCAUGAACACCCUCAUCCGCAGGCACAAGAGCGGCCUUGGAGAUCACAUCCAGGAGAUACUCCAACGAUUGCGGGUGAGGAUGCAGUCCAUCACCCUGGAGCAGGUCAAGUUCUCGGUCGUCCACUUCAUCUCGAUCCUGACGUCGCAGUGCAUGCCGGCUGUCAUCUCCUGCCUGCUCCUCAGCCCCCUGCCCUACGACACAUACACCAACGAUAUCUGGCAAUCUCUGGCCAGGGAGGUCACCUUGGCUUCCACCACGAUGGAACAUCUGAUCGACAAGCUCAACGAUUACAUGUGUCACGAUGAGACCAAGGAACACGCGGUGAUCAACGAUAAAGCCAUGAGCCCUGGGGUUCAGGAACCGAUGGCCAUCGUCUUUGCCCUCAACGCCAUGAUCUCCAACCCAGACUCCGAGGAUGCGGUGUCCAGCCUCUACCCCCAACUCUUCAGCACGUUGCUGCUCAAUCUGAGCUUCAUCGUCAACGAGAGAACCAGCAGCGACUUCCACGGCAAAGGCUCGCCCCGGAAGAAGAGAGCCGCGGCCCACGGUCAAGGCCCGGCCGCCAUAGACAUCUGCCGGUGCUCGGCGGACACCCUCAGGACGAUGCUGGCCCGAGGCAAGAGCGAGAGGGUGGCGGGCUUUGUGGAGGAGGAGGGUGGCUGGGACACCUUGAGGAGCUUGGAGAAGCACCAGCAGGGAAUCGCCAUCCUCUCCAAGGCCAUGGGUCAGCACGGCACUGGCCACCUGAACAACAUCGUGCAGAUUUUGGAGCCCAUCUUGCUGAGCAUCCACGAGAGCCAGAGGAUGACCGUGGCCACUUUCUUUGGGGAGCUUCUGAACUCUUCUGUCGUGAACGAGCUGCAGUUGACCGACCCGCUGAUCGUCAGCCUUCUCAAGAGCCUGCACGACAAGUCACCCAACGUCCACUGGCUGUCCCUCAGGGGCUUGGGAAACGUGGCCAACGGGGCCCCUCAGAAGGUGCAGAAGUACUCGGAGAGGCUCCUGGAGGCCAUGAUCGAGGGCAUGACCAACAGGACCGAGCGCAGCGACCUGAUCGUGCUGGAGGCCAUGUCUGGCUUGUCCAAGGUCCUGUUGAGGCUGGAGGAGAGCGAUGUGAGGCCCACCCUGGAGAACAUCAUCGUGGCCGUCAGGUCGUACUUUGAGAGCGAGGUGGACAGGAUCCGGGCGGGGGCCUUCACCGUGUUCGGGAACCUGUCGCGCUUCGCGGAGGGCGAGUCGAGGGCGGUCUUCAUGGAGCACGUCCACUCGGGCAUGGUCAGUUUGCUGCUGCACCUGAACGACAGCAGCCCGGAGGUGGUCAAGGCUUGCAAGGCCACCCUCCACCUGAUGGGACCUCUCAUGUGCUCGGACAGCAUGUGCACCAUAUUCCAGGCCGAGCUCCUGGAGCAGGCCAAUGCUCACUAUUGGGAGUUCAUCAACGAGUUGGCCAAGUUGAUCGCCUGUGAGUUCCCCGACAAACUGAGCCUAUACCUGACCAACAGCACCUCGUUCUUCAAGAGCAUGCUGCCCGAGGUCAGGGGCAACGCCGUCAUCAUGGCCGGGUUCCUCCUGCAGAACCUGCCCGAGAUGUACGUGCAGCCCAGCACCGACGAGAACGUGUGCGUGGCCAUCAUCAUGAUGCUCCAUGACGUGGCUCCCAGUGUCCGCAUAAAAGCCGCCAAGGUCCUCGGUCUCCACCGGGGCUUCUGA